AAAUGUGUUCAAGUAUAGAAUCUUCAAUUGCAUGUUUUUAUUUUCAAUGGAAAAUCAAAACGCCGCGCCGCUUUGUAUUUACUGUUCUUGAAUCGAUUCGAAUGGAUCGAUAUUUACCGUUGUGCGCUCACAAUCGAGUCUGGUGCGCAGCGGCGCAUUCACUAUCACUAGUUUGGGUUUCCCUUUGCUGAAGCUGCGGCCAUGACACUCGAUCGUGUGCGUCCCGUGCGUUUGACACGCUCUAAAACAAAAGAAAACAACGAAACCGCCCAACAGAACCGUCAGCAGUUGUAUAUUUUGUGACGUCGGCGCGGCGGAAGCGGUCAGGUCUCGUAUAAACUGGAACAAGCGCUCAAUUUGUGGGGAGAAUCGAGUAUGGGAGUGUCAUGCCCUGAGCGUCAAGGUUGCUCGGCGGAGCGUAUCUGGUACGCGGCAUGUACCACACUUGGAAUACCUGAAGCGGACGACCCAUGGAAGAAAAUCGUAGAAGCUUCACCACCGGAUUCCAUAUGGCAUUCCCUAAGAAACUGCGUUGCCUAUCAGGCGGGGGUCUGGCAGAACUUGAUCACAAAGGGCAUCGAUGACGUCAUGCAGCCGGCCGCCUUCAAACUGGCAAUCGUACUGCGACACACACCCACCGAAGACUGCGCUAAAUUAAUGUCCGAGCUCCUGAAAACGCAUCCGGUAUCUGUGCAAGAAGAGCUGACAUCGUACUGCGUGUCGCUGCUGACGGACGACGAGGCGCGGCGCUGCGCCUGCUGGCAAAGCGGCCCGUCCGGCCCCCCCGCCCCCCUGCGUGACCUGCUGCUCUACGGGGACCUGGAGCUGGCGAUUUUGGCCGCUUCUCGCGAAGAAUACGAUGCUCAUGCGAAGCUAGUGCGGGCGGAGUACUCGAAGCUCACCCAGGACAACUACGUCGAACUACGAAUUAAGGUGCUGAACCAGUUCUCUCAGAUCCCGAAGCUGUUCCACUCGCCCGAGUUCGCGUGCUUCGAGCCGGCCGCGCGCGAGAACAUCGAGCGCGAAAUCUGUACUCUCAGAGAACACCUGCUCACGGGCAGAAAAGAUUAAAACUGAAUUCGUUUACUCUUUGACCACCGUUUCAUAUUUCAUAGUGUGGCGAUGUUGUGUAUCAAAAUCGAUAAUAUGUUUUCGAUUAAUGAAAUUUCAAAAAUUGUUGUCAAGUACUUCGCAUAUGUACAAAUUGAUUUAAUUGAUUUUCUCUUUUGCGAAAAUGACAUCUUACGAUCUUACAUUCGUAUAAUAUGUUUGUAAAAAAAAACGUUAUAAGUUUUUGAAGGAUACUUUGAGUAAAACAUCCAGAUAAAAAAUUCCGCCUACUACAAUACUCUAGGGACCUUCAACUUCACUACCACAGAUACAUGUGCGGUUAAUAACUCGCAGCCCUGGAACUUAAACUUUUGAGUCUGUGUUUUUAGAAACAAGCUCUAAAUGGAAAUUUUCAUUUCACUGUGUUUCACAUUCCACAAUAUUUAAAAACUGUUUACUCAUUCCCAACGAACGUUUAUUAUAUUAACAAAAAAACCAUGACUCUUCGUAAUAGUUUUUAAUAUGAGUAUAUAAUCUCUGUACUGUAGUGACUACCUACAAUAGCCAUUUAGAAGCGGAUGUUGUAUAGCAUCUGCAACUAGACACGUUGGAGCUGUCCAGCCGCCACGGACUAUUUGCGACCACAGUCGUCCACGUGUACACAUGACAACUACGUAGGUACUUACACCAUUUACUUUUAGCAGCUACUUGUGUGUAUCUAAAUGUGAAUCUUUCCUAUAUUAUUUACUUCACAGAUGUUUAAUACAACUUAAUGUAGUUUUAAAUCAAUAUUUUUAUAAUCUCUUAUAUUAAUAUAAUAUGCAUUAGGUACAAUAUUUUAUGUGGAUCAUUAGUUUCAGCGGCAAAAAUCUAUAUUAUUUAAGGAAAUUGAUGUAAAAUUAUGAUUUUGAAAAAUCAAUUUUGCUUUGAUGUGUGAUGAUGUGCUAUUAUUUGUAAACAUAUAAUCACUAGUCCCGAUAAAUUUAUAAUUAUAUUUGAAUAAUAUAUUUUACAUUCGUACUAUAAUCUAACAAUAUAGCGCAGAUUGUGGCAGGGCUGAUACUUAUGUUUGCAAAAUAAUUGCAAAAUCAUAUUACUUGCAUUGUUCUCAUUAGUACGGGAGAGCGAUGAAUACGUCGUCAAUGAAAUUAAUCAUAAUCGACUCAUUUUUUAAAUCGUUUUAAUGAAUUUAAAGCUUUUGUGCACCGUCUAGUGUUAGGUCGAUGUUACAAUAUACCAAUAAAGGAUUAAGUACCGCAAA